CAGGUCCCGCAAUGCCGAAGCAUUUUAAAAAUCAGAACUACAAGACCAUCAAGAAACAAUGCCUCGCCAAGGGCAUUCUCUUCGAGGACCCGGAGUUUCAGGCAUCCAACAAAUCUUUGUUUUUCUCCAAGGUGGAUGGCGCCAUAGAGUGGAGGAGGCCAAAGGAACUGUGUAAGGCACCACGGCUCCUCGUGGACGGGGCGACGUGUAAUGACCUUGUGAACGGGGAGAUCAAAAGUGUCUGGUUCAUUACAGCCUGCACGGCCCUGGCUCAUGAGCCCAAACUGUGGAAUAAGGUCUUCCCCGAUGUCAAGUCCCAGGAGUACGAUGACAAGAAUCCUUACGCCGGAAUUUUCCGGUUCCAGUUCUGGAGGUUCGGAGAGUGGAUCGAGGUGGUCAUAGACGACCGGUUGCCCACCAAAGAUGGACAGUUGAUAUUUUUACAUUCCAAGGACAGAAACGAGUUUUGGUCGGCACUCUUCGAAAAAGCUUACGCCAAAUUGUUCGGUGAUUAUGAAUCGAUGAGCACAGGCCAUCCAUCAGAUGCUUUAGUAGAUUUUACAGGUGGGCUAUCUGAAAAACUGGACCUGAAGACUCAAUAUAAUUUCACAAACCCGGAAGUCAAGAAAUCAGUGUUCCAGAAACUGGAGGCAGCUAUAGAUAACAAAGCAUUGAUAAAUUGUAUAAACAUGGUUGACCCUGGUGAAAUUGGUACUGAAGGUCCUAAAGGUUUGAUACGAGGUCAAGGUUAUAAUAUCACUCUGGUAAAAACAAUCGAAAUCCCAAAAUCCCAUUGGGGCACCUUGGAUCACGAGGUGAUGCUGCUGAGGCUCUUCAACCCCUGGGGGGAGAAGGAAUGGACGGGGGCGUGGUCUGAUAAUUCAAAAGAGCUGAAACAGAUGAGUCAAAACGAAUGGGAGAAAGUGGGAAUCAAGUUCACAAAAGAAGGAGAAUUUUACAUGAGCUACAACGACUUCCUGGCCAACUUCACGCACGUGGACAUCUGCCAUUUCGUCAACACCAGCUUCUUCUCCCUCAAGAAAACCUGGCACGAGUCUGUCUUCUUUGGCGAGUGGAAGAUUAGUGGCCGAAAUGGUGGCAACAACCUGCAGAGUCCCAGCUUUUUCUGCAAUCCUCAGUAUCUGUUCGACGUCACCGCUGAGGACACCAUCAUGGUGACGCUUGACCAGAGGGACGUGACGUCAUCCGGCGUGGCGGUCAAGGACAACAAAAACUGCAUAGGGUUUUAUAUCCUCAAGACGGAUGAAAACCGGACCUAUCGGAUCCACGUCGAAGGUCAGGUCAUGUUUACGUCCCAGUUCCUUAAGGCCAGGAAUGUCUUUGGAACGGUCAAGCUGCCCAAAGGUCGCUUCGUGCUCGUGCCCUGCUGUGACACACCCGCGGCUGCCGGGGAGUUCAUGGUCAGGUUCUACACGUCACACAAGGCAGGGUCAAGCAGUGUUCCUAGGGAGCUUACUUUUGAUGCACCCGUAGCUGGAUGCUGCUCCGGCAAGUUUAAAAUUAUGACAACUAUUGUGAUUGAGAAAUUGGAAGAAUUAGCGUUGCCAGCCAAUGAGAAGGGAACUGUUGACCCCCAUGUGGUGGUGAAGUGUGAGGACCAGAAAGUCACAUCAGAGAGCAAGGUCAACCAGACCUCACCUGAGUUCAACUUGUCCUGUACAUUCUACAGAAAAAAACCUUCCCAGCCCAUCAUUGUUGAAGUCUACUGCAAAAGGACAGUAAGAAGUAUUUUCCUAGGGGAGGCAAGGGUUGAUUGGCCAGCAUAUUCUAGAACAGCCACAGAAGGUAUGGAGAAGGGAGAAAAGAAGGAAUACCCACUGUAUGCCAGGGACACAAAAGAUAAGAAAAAUGUUACUAUGCCAGGAAAACUGUUCAUCUUUAUUCAGUCAAGUGAUGAUUUUCAAAUGUUGUAAACAUUAUCUGUAACUAUGUACCCAAACCUGUUUUAAGUAGAUUUUAUUUUAUUUUUUAAAUUGUAGUUGCAUUAUCAUUAAUAUAUUUUUUAUCAUUAAUUUGUAAUGAAUAGUAAAUUAUUCUAAUUAAUUGGGCCUAUUUGGUGGUUUAUUUAAUCUUCAAACUGUAAUUUAUUUUAGUGAAAAACGAACCUUGACAAUUGAAAGAGGUAAAAAUGAAUUUUUCAUUAGAUAUAAACUGGUGCAUUUUUCAUCAUCAACCAAUUUACAGUUUUUAAAAGCAGUAUUAUUGCUCUUCUUAUUUAUAAUUUUGUAAUUACUAGAAUCUCCUUUGUUUCCGUCCACAUGCAUAAAACUGAAAUGUAUGAAACAUUGUGUUUAAACAACACUUGGAAAAAGAAUAACCUCAAUAUUUUAAUUUUUUACAAACUUUGUAUUAAAACUUUAAAAAAUUAUGAGCAUGUUUUGUUAGCAUUAAUCAUAAUAACUUUUAGAAAUAAUUCACUAAACAAAACACCAAAAUAUAAUUGUUUUCAAAUCUAAUGUUUUUAUAAACAACAUGUGGUUAACAAGUCUGAAUAUUUUAAAAACAUUUUUAAAAAGGUUUCUGCACUGAUUUUAUUUCACACCAUGUGCAGUGACUUGCACAGUGUUAAAGCUAUAUGUAUAACCACCUCUAUUUAAAUAACAGAGCCUAUCACAUGUCAGACGCCCUCCAUUACAUACAUUUUUAGUUUACAGAGCCCAAACAAUAUCAUCAAAGUUGCCUUUUCUAAUAAAGCUUUGCAUAUUGUGAUAUAAAAAGUAUUAAAUCAUAAAACAAAAAUUAUUCAGAUUAUUCUUUUCCUGACCAUCUAUUGUAGAGAAAAUAAGUUAGCAAAUUUUGUAAAAUGUUAUUUUUUUAGGUUUUAUUUUUAAAACAACUGUGAUAUGUAAAGAUUUAUUUUUUGAAUGGAUACGCUCUACAUUCCAUAGCAGAUGUUUUUACAAACAUUGUGUACUUUACUAAUAUAAAUUUUAUUUUACCAUUGCUAAAACAGUAAACAUGAUGUUUAAUUUGAUGACUUGAGGACAAAUAAAUACUAA